UGCAGUGUCAAUGCGGCGCCUGCUCUGAAGACUGAAGUGGGGGGAAAGGAGAGGAGAGAAAAAUUAUAUAUAUAUAUAUAUAAAUAUAUAUAUAUACACACCAAAACCCACCCAAAGCAAGCGAGGAGCGUUCCCAGGACAGAAUCUGCCAAGGAAUUGGUGUUUUGAAGAGUUUUACAGCAUCUAAUCCUCGUUGCCUUGGGAAUACAAACCUCUCUAAUCAUGUCGCCGGCCAUGUGGAAAUGGACUUGCCUGGUUUCUCACCUCCUGCUGUCCACCACAGUGUCACCUCUUGGCAGACAGCAGCCACCCCAUCCAAAGAGGCCCUUCAUCACCUUCACCGGGGAACAAGCAGAGGGAAACUUCAACCACUUGGUGGUGGACGAAAGAACUGGGCACAUUUACUUGGGGGCUGUCAACAGGAUCUACAAACUCUCCAGUGACCUGAAGGUCCUGGUGACCCACGAGACUGGUCCUGAUGAUGACAAUCCCAAGUGCUAUCCUCCCAGGAUAGUCCAAACCUGCAACGAACCCUUGACGCCCACCAACAACAUAAACAAAAUGCUCCUCAUAGACUACAAGGAGAAUCGGUUGAUAGCCUGUGGGAGUCUGUACCAGGGCAUCUGCAAACUCCUGAGGCUGGAUGACCUCUUCAAGCUCGGAGAGCCCUUCCACAAGAAGGAGCAUUACCUCUCUGGGGUGAACGAGAGUGGCUCUGUUUUUGGAGUCAUUGUUUCUUACAGCAACAUGGAUGACAAGCUGUUCAUCGCCACGGCCGUGGAUGGCAAACCGGAGUAUUUCCCCACCAUCUCCAGCAGAAAGCUCACCAAGAACUCCGAGGCUGAUGGGAUGUUUGCCUAUGUCUUUCACGAUGAGUUUGUGGCCUCUAUGAUCAAGAUCCCCUCAGAUACCUUUACCAUCAUCCCCGACUUCGACAUCUACUACAUCUACGGCUUCAGCAGCGGGAACUUUGUCUACUUCCUGACUCUGCAGCCUGAGAUGAUCUCCCCACCCGGCUCCACCACAAAGGAGCAGGUUUAUACCUCCAAGCUGGUGCGGCUUUGUAAGGAGGACACGGCCUUUAACUCCUAUGUGGAGGUGCCCAUUGGCUGUGAGAAGAACGGGGUGGAAUACCGGUUGCUCCAGGCUGCCUACUUGUCCAAGGCUGGAGCCAUCCUGGCCAGGUCUCUGGGCGUUGGCCCUGAGGAUGAUAUCCUCUUCACAGUCUUCUCCAAGGGGCAGAAAAGGAAGAUGAAGUCCUUGGAUGAGUCUGCUCUUUGCAUCUUUGUCCUGAAAAACAUCAACGACCGCAUCAAGGACAGGCUUCAGUCCUGCUACAGGGGAGAGGGGACAUUAGAUCUGGCCUGGCUCAAGGUCAAGGACAUUCCCUGUAGCAGCGCGCUGUUAACAAUUGAUGACAAUUUCUGUGGCCUGGAUAUGAAUGCCCCCUUGGGAGUAUCAUCCAUGGUGCGAGGGCUCCCCAUUUUCACCGAGGAUGGGGACAGGAUGACCUCGGUGAUCGCCUACGUCUACAAGAACCACUCCCUGGCUUUUGUGGGCACCAAGAGUGGGAAGCUCAAGAAGAUCCGUGUGGAUGGCACCACCAAGAACACGCUGGAGUACGAGAUCGUGCAGGUGGUGGACACUGGCCCCAUCCUCCGGGACAUGGCUUUCUCCGUGGAUCACGAACACCUCUACAUCAUGUCUGAGAAGCAGCUCACCAGGGUGCCCGUGGAGUCGUGCAGCCAGUACGAGACCUGCAGCGAGUGCCUGGGCUCGGGGGACCCCCACUGCGGAUGGUGUGUGCUUCACAACACCUGCACGAGGAAGGAGCGGUGCGAGCGCUCCAGCGAGCCGCGAAGAUUCGCCUCGGAGAUGAAGCAGUGCGUCCGCCUCACCGUGCACCCCAACAACAUCUCCGUCUCCCAGUACAACGUUCUGCUGGUCUUGGAGACCUACAACGUCCCCGAGCUGUCAGCAGGAGUCAACUGCACCUUCGAGGACCUCUCGGAGAUGGAUGGGUUGGUGGUGGGCAGCCAGAUCCAGUGCAUCUCUCCAGCUGCCAAGGAGGUGCCUCAGAUCAUCACAGAGAAUGGUGACCAUCACAUUGUCCAGCUUCAGCUCAAGUCCAAGGAAACGGGGAUGACCUUUGCCAGCACCAGCUUCGUCUUCUACAACUGCAGCGUCCACAACUCGUGCCUGUCGUGCGUGGAGAGCCCUUACCGCUGCCACUGGUGCAAGUACCGCCACGUCUGCACCCACGACCCCAGCUCCUGCUCCUUCCAGGAGGGACGAGUCAAGAUGCCCGAGGACUGUCCCCAGCUGCUGCAGGCUGAGAAGAUCCUGGUGCCCGUGGAGGUGAUCAAACCCAUCACGCUGAAGGCCAAGAACCUGCCCCAGCCACAGUCGGGCCAGCGGGGCUACGAGUGCAUCCUGAACAUCCAGGGCAGCGAGCAGAGGGUGCCGGCCUUGAGGUUCAACAGCUCCAGCGUGCAGUGCCAGAACACCUCGUACUCGUACGAAGGGAUGGAGAUUAACAGCCUGCCAGUGGAGCUGACAGUCGUGUGGAACGGGAAUUUCAACAUUGACAACCCGGCACAGAACAAAGUUCACCUCUACAAGUGCGGGGCCAUGCGGGACAGCUGCGGACUCUGCCUGAAAGCCGACCCCGACUUUGAGUGUGGCUGGUGCCAGGGACAGAACCAGUGCACGCUGAAGCAGCACUGCCCAGCCCAGGACAGCCAGUGGCUGGAGCUGUCCAGCACCAAGGGCAAGUGCACCAACCCCAAGAUCACAGAUAUCAACCCCGUGACGGGUCCCCGCGAGGGCGGGACCAAAGUGACCAUCCGUGGGGAGAACCUGGGGCUGGAAUUCCGGGAUAUCGCAUCCCACGUCAAAGUGGCCGGUGUGGAGUGCAAGCCGCUGGUGGAAGGGUACAUCCCAGCAGAGCAGAUCGUGUGUGAGAUGGGGGAGGCCAAGCCCAGCCAGCACGCCGGAUUUGUGGAAAUCUGCGUGGCCGAGUGCAAGCCAGAGUUCAUGGCCAGGUCUUCUCAGCUCUACUACUUCAUGACUCUGACCCUCUCUGACCUGAAGCCAAAGCGAGGACCAGUGUCGGGUGGCACCCAGGUGACAAUCACAGGCAACAACCUCAACGCUGGCAGCAACGUCAUUGUGACCUUUGGGCGACAGCCCUGCCUCUUCUACAGGAGAUCCACCAAGCACAUUGUCUGUAACACCACGGCCUCCUAUGAAGGCUUUGAGAAGGUGAAGGUGUCCGUGAGAGUGGACAAGGCCAAGAUCCACCAGGAGCUUCACUAUGAGUAUGUAGAGGAUCCCACCAUCCUGAGGAUCGAGCCUGAGUGGAGCAUCUUCAGUGGCAACACUCCCAUUGCCGUGUGGGGAACUCACCUGGACCUCAUCCAAAACCCUCAGAUCCGGGCAAAGCACGGUGGAAAGGAGCACGUCAAUAACUGUGAGGUGCAGAACAGCACAGAGAUGACCUGCCAGGCCCCAGCACUGGCUGUGGACCCCAAUCACCAGUCUGAGCUCGCUGAGCGCCCGGAGGAGUUUGGCUUCAUCCUUGACAAUGUGCAGUCCCUGCUGAUCCUCAACAAAACCAACUUCACCUACUACCCCAACCCUAUCUUUGAGGUUUUCAAUCCCUCAGGGAUCCUGGAGUUGAAGCCUGGAAGUCCCAUCAUCCUGAAGGGCAGGAAUCUGAUCCCACCGGUGGCAGGAGGCAAUGCCAAGCUGAACUACACCGUUCUGGUGGGUGAGAAGCCCUGUGCAGUGACCGUGUCAGACGUGCAGCUCCUCUGCGAGUCCCCAAACCUCAUUGGGAGGCACAAGGUGAUGGCUCGUGUAGGAGGGAUGGAGUUCUCUCCAGGGAUGGUCUACAUCUCCCCAGACAGCCCUCUCAGCUUGCCAGCCAUCGUCAGCAUUGCGGUGGCCGGCGGGCUGCUCAUCAUCUUCAUCGUGGCCGUGCUGAUCGCCUACAAGCGCAAGUCCAGGGAGAGCGACCUCACCCUCAAGCGCCUGCAGAUGCAGAUGGACAACCUGGAGUCCAGGGUGGCCCUGGAGUGCAAAGAAGCCUUUGCAGAGCUGCAGACAGAUAUCCAUGAGCUGACGAGUGACCUGGAUGGAGCUGGGAUCCCUUUCCUUGACUACCGAACCUACACGAUGAGAGUGCUUUUCCCUGGCAUUGAGGAUCAUCCAGUCCUGAGGGAUUUGGAGGUCCCUGGCUACCGGCAGGAACGGGUGGAGAAGGGCCUGAAGCUCUUUGCCCAGCUCAUCAACAACAAGGUUUUCCUGCUGUCCUUCAUCCGCACGCUGGAGUCGCAGCGCAGCUUCUCCAUGCGGGACCGCGGCAACGUGGCCUCGCUGAUCAUGACGGUGCUGCAGAGCAAGCUGGAGUACGCCACCGACGUCCUCAAACAGCUCCUGGCCGACCUCAUCGACAAAAACCUGGAGAGCAAGAACCACCCCAAGCUGCUGCUCCGUAGGACAGAAUCUGUGGCUGAGAAAAUGCUCACCAACUGGUUCACCUUCCUCCUCUACAAGUUCCUCAAGGAGUGUGCUGGAGAGCCUCUCUUCUCCCUUUUCUGUGCCAUCAAGCAGCAGAUGGAGAAGGGUCCCAUCGACUCCAUCACUGGGGAGGCCCGGUACUCACUGAGCGAGGACAAGCUCAUCCGACAGCAGAUCGACUACAAGACCCUGGUGCUGAGCUGUGUGAACCCCGACAACGUGAACAGCCCCGAGAUCCCGGUGAAGAUCCUCAACUGUGACACCAUCACUCAGGUCAAGGAGAAGAUCCUCGAUGCCAUCUUCAAGAACGUGCCCUGCUCCCACCGGCCCAAAGCUGCUGACAUGGACCUGGAGUGGCGGCAGGCGAGCGGGGCGAGGAUGAUCCUUCAGGAUGAGGACAUCACCACCAAGAUAGAGAAUGACUGGAAGAGACUCAACACGCUGGCACACUACCAGGUCCCAGAUGGAUCUGUGGUAGCUUUGGUAUCCAAGCAAGUCACUGCCUACAACGCAGUCAACAACUCCACGGUGUCCCGGACAUCAGCCAGCAAGUAUGAAAACAUGAUCCGCUACACGGGCAGCCCCGACAGCCUCCGCUCGCGCACCCCCAUGAUCACCCCCGACCUGGAGAGCGGCGUCAAGAUGUGGCACCUGGUCAAGAACCAUGAGCAUGGAGACCAAAAAGAGGGUGACCGAGGCAGCAAGAUGGUUUCUGAGAUCUACCUGACCAGGUUACUGGCCACCAAGGGCACCCUCCAGAAAUUCGUGGACGAUCUCUUUGAGACCAUUUUCAGCACCGCUCACCGUGGCAGUGCCCUCCCCCUGGCCAUCAAGUACAUGUUUGAUUUCCUGGAUGAGCAGGCAGACAAGCACAACAUCCACGACCCCCACGUGAGGCACACCUGGAAGAGCAACUGCCUCCCCUUGCGCUUCUGGGUUAACAUGAUCAAGAACCCACAGUUCGUCUUCGACAUCCACAAAAACAGCAUCACAGACGCCUGCCUGUCCGUGGUGGCUCAGACCUUCAUGGACUCCUGCUCCACCUCAGAGCACCGGCUGGGCAAAGACUCCCCCUCCAACAAGCUCCUCUACGCCAAGGACAUCCCCAGCUACAAGAACUGGGUGGAAAGGUACUACUCAGACAUCGGCAAGAUGCCAGCAAUCAGCGACCAGGACAUGAACGCUUACCUGGCUGAGCAGUCCCGCAUGCACAUGAACGAGUUCAACACCAUGAGCGCGCUCUCCGAGAUCUACUCCUACGUGGGCAAGUACAGCGAGGAGAUUCUCGGAGCCCUCGAUCAAGACGACCAGGCUGGGAAACAGAAACUAGCCUACAAACUUGAACAAGUCAUAACCCUCAUGAGCAUAGACAGCUGAGAACUGUCCUGCCAGGGACACCCUGGGAGGGAUAAACCAAGUCGUGCCUCACUCAAGAUCAUCAUCUUUACCAAGUGCAAGUUUUGAUGGGCUGUAAGCAGAGUCACCCGAACAGCGCUCCUCUCUCUCUCUCCCUCUCUCCCCCUCUCUCUCUUUCUCUCUUUCCCUUCUCUUCCCAAAUCUAUGGACAAAGCGACAGAGCCCCGGGGUUCAAAGAAAAGACUGCAGAGGAAUCUUGGCUCUGGGGUCGUGAAGACAUUCGGAUGGAGCUCUCCUUUUCACAGCUUCCCCUCUGCCUUUUGCCCUAGAGAGAAACUAUUGAACACACUCAAAAACCCCACCAACCCUCCCCCAGCAUCACGUCCUCGCUCUGCAGAGGUGAAACUGGGAGGAAACUUCUGUCAUGCUGCUUUAACUGCCCUCCGAGGGCUGUAGCCUCUGGAGCGGACAUGGAAACGAACUCAGUAUUACUCAAGUGUCCCCGAGGGGAAGGCAGCCUGCCUGCAGGGCUCCUGGAGGGCAGAGCCAACCCAGCUCCUCUCCUGCAGAGCCGCUGCAGUUCUGUCUCUUGAUAGUGACCCACUGGGAGAGGAGCCUCGAGGCUCCCUGAGAAAUGCCACAGCUCCGUCCAGAGCAGGACCGCUGUGGCUCAUCCUGCCCGGGCAAUCAGCUGCUCUCCUGGGGCAGGGAAAGGGUCAAGAGGGGACGAGGAGACCGGCGCUCCCCUGCCCACGUGUUUCAUAUGGUUCUUCUUAUUUUUCCAAGAGCCGCGUGUCCCCCUCCAUCUUUCCCGUCGUGUCCUGUUGGUCGUAGCCCUGCAGCAAAGCGCUCUCUCUGCUCGGUGGCAUCCAUCCGUGGUGGUGGUUCUGCUCCUCCUGGCAGUGGACAACACAGCAUCAUCCCCCUCGUUCCCACCUCGGCUUGGAAAGCAGGAGCCACAGGCCUCGGUUUGUUCCAGGCAAGGAGCUCAGCCUCGAAAGAAGAACCAGAAGGGUUUUUUUAAUUUUAUUUUUUUUAAGCUGUUCUUUCCAUUUUGUUUCCUCGACUGGAACACAGCUGUUGUUUUCCCACAGUGGAAUAUCAGAGGGUUAGUGAAAUGCUUGCUGUGAAGAGAGGUGGUGCACGGGGCUGAUGGUAAAGCCUUCCUUCCAAGCCACUCCUAUGAGGAAAUGUCACCACACAUUUUGGAAGGAAAUCUUGGAGGAAAUCCAAAUGAAACACUGCAAAAAAAUUCUACCUAGAUCCCCCCAGCCGAACUGCCUGUCUUCUGGAGGUCUCUGAACUGCUGUGAGCCCAUCUGCCUUUUGGUGCCAACUCCUGUCCUUUCCUCUUCUCCACUUCUGGAACCAACAGGCCUUGCUGAAGGCACAAUUGCUGCCUGGGAAGGAUUUUAUCUCUCUUUGCACUUCUUAUCCCUUCAGGGAUCACUGUUACCGUGGGACAAUUGUGGGGGAUCACCCUCCCUGUCCCAUCCUCUGCUCAGCUUCUCCAGAACAUCUCAACUUGUUUCAUGGCCAACCAAAGGGGAGUGAGCUCCUGCAUCUCUUCUGCCUUCAGCUGUUCCAUUCGCACGGCUGCCAGCCCAGAUAACACCAUGAUUAGAGACUCCUGGGGAGUGGAGAACCUUCUUUGUACACCAGGGAGGCAAGAGCUGGGUCAGCAUUCAUCUCCCCAGACACGAGCAGAGCUCCCUGGCAGACGGAGGAGUGGCUGAAGAAUCAGCCCACAUCCACCUCACCCCAUCCUCGGAGCCUCAGCCUGGAUCUGCUUUGCACCUGAAGGGAGGAAGGGGUGCAGGCAGGGUGUGUAAAUUGAUUACAGAGCGAGUUGGUUUGGGUUUAUUCCUGUCCCUUGCUAUCAAACCAGAACCUCUUGGGAGUGACAGAUCCUGAGCGUGUGUGAGGGGGGAUUUGGUGCAAGCAGGAGUCAGUCAGCGGGAGGGUUUCCUUCAGCCAAGCAGAUACACACGUAGGCGAGUCCAAAACCACUCAAAGAACAGCAGUCCAAAACUGGACGUGUCUGUGGGGAGAAAAUCACCAGAUUCACGUUGAAACAGCAAACUUAGGGACACGUCUUGGUUUUAAACCCCCAGACAUUUCUCUCUUGAUUACAAUUCCGAUUAUUUCGUGCGUGUGCGUGUGUAUCUGUGUGCGCGUGUGCGUUCCUUCCUUUUUUUCUUUGGUUCUGCUUGCUUUCUGUUGGAUUGCUGAGCUGAUGGACUCAUCAUGCACCUUAUGGACAUCUCAGCAGUUUUGAGAGGCCUGCGCAUUGGGGAUGGUUUGGGUUUGGUUGGUUCUGCCAUGGUUUUGUUGACCCAUCUUAGUAACGUCGGCGCAUGUUCCAGAUCCAUUGAUUAUGGCUGUGAAAGUGGGAAGUCCCACCAGAGCCAGUGGUAAGAAAAUGACAACAAACAACACAAACACAGUAUUUUUUAUAAGUACGUAAAUUUAAAAAAAAAAAAAAAUUUAAAAAAAAGGGAAAAAUUAAAAAAAAAAAAAAGGAAGAAACCAAAGGUUUUGACAAACAAAGUGCCACAAAAAGAUAAAUAUGGACUCUAUUGUCAUGCCUUGUACUCACAGCUGGAUGGUAGGAGUCUAAGGACAAAGAGCUGGCUUGGAGGGAAGUGGUUAUGAGUGAUGGGCGAUCCUGCCUGGACAUGCGCACAUGAGAGGAAGAAGAAGCUGUUUAACAUAAAAAAAAAAAGUAUCAAAAUGAACUGGGUGUGAUCCUGCACUGUUACUGAAGUCAGAGGAACACCACAGGGGAAAUCUGAGACUCACCCUGUUUCUUUUUGAUGUUUUCAGGGCUGUGUUUUUGGUUUGUUAUGGUUGUUUUCCAUGGUUGGUAUUUUAUUUCUUCUUGCUGGUACGGAGUUUUUCAUCUGUAUAUUAUAUAUAUAUAUAUUUUUCGAGAAAAACUUGAACACCUCAGAGACACUGAGAAUGAAACACUUAGGGGAAAUGGGAAGCACCAGGAGAUUGGUGUCUUAACCCUUUCCAACUUCCCAUUUAGGCAUUUCUGCUUUCUCUCCACCCUCUUCUUUCCCCCAUGCCCAGGAUUUGAAAGAAAAUCUGCGUUUUGCUUCUCUUUCAUCUCCUCUUUAUUUUUUUUUGUCUUUCUGUUUCUCUUUAUUUUGGUGUUUGAGCUGGAUUUGCUUUUUUGCUUGGAAAAUGUGCCAGAAUUGUGAUGUAAAUGCGUGGGCUUCCUCCCCUGUCCCCUUCAGUGCCCUUCCCAUUUCCAACCAGUGUCCCAGAAUCCCCCAGUCUAUGAGAAGUCUUGGCAUCUUUCUUCCCAGCCUCACCUGUUGAGCUAUUUUUUAAGUGCAUGUAAAAUACAACUAAAAACAAAGACACAAGCAGAAGAAUGAGCCCUACUACAACACGGAUGUUUUCUUUUCCCUUGAUUUCUUUUCCCCCACCUCCCUUUCCACACUUGACCAAAAAUUCCUGAUGAAUAGGUAGUGUCCCACACUGUUUUUCAAGCCCCAUGGAGAGAGCUGGAGCCAAAGUUCCUAGAAGCCCAUGGACAGGCUCCUAAUAUCCAGAAUAUUCCAGAUGAUAGGCUGAUCUUUAUGGGCGUUUCUCAAGCACUGCAAUCAAAAAAUUAAUGCUGACACCUGCAGCACCAUCAGAAACAGGGGAAAGGGAACUCUUGAGGACUCUCUGAGGUUCUGUGGAGAGACUCAAGAUUAUUUCUUCACUGCAGGGUUUGGACUGGGGCUUUGCUGCUGGGUUAGAGGAGCAAAGGGUGGACAGCUCCUCUGCAAACACCUCAUGUCCUCAUGAGUGGGACUCAGCUGUCAGUGACAGGGAUCUGGGACCUGAUCCAUCACACCGUGUGCUGGUGCAGGCUGAGCCUUCCAGUGAACACCGGUGUGGGGAAGUUUGUGUGUGUCCGGAAUGAGGUGGUGGAGAUUGUUCGCUCUCCAACAGACAGCGCAGGAGAACCAUCAAGGAGAAAUUCAGCCACCCGAGGUCACCUUCCUCUCCUAGUGUAGAACCACAGAUUCACUUGGGUUGGAAAAGAACUCUAAAAUCACAGCCUGAAUGUUAAAACAUGCCUCAGUCCUUCUCUUCCCACUCUUCAUCCUGUCCUGAACAUAUCCAAAGGUUUGGUCCAACCCAGCACACACCAACCUUGCUCCAGUAGAUAGGAGAGCUGUGCCACUUUUCAUCCCUGUAGUGUUACCACUGCAGUUGUUUUAUCUUGAAUCUUUGACACUGAAGACCAUUAAAUUGAUUGGGUCAUGAAGAUUUACCAGCAGAAUUUUGUUUGGUAAUUGCUUUGAUUGAAAAGUGAUUACCAAAGUUUCCCAAUCUUGUGCAUUCACUUACAGGAAAAUGUUUGCCACGAAGGGAAUGAGACCAAGCAAACCAGAUAAGUGUCAUUAUUUUUAAUAAUGCUGUUGAAAACUGAUAGAUCAAAUUUGAAGAGCCCAGUCAGUGGUCAGCUUUGCUGUUGAAGCCUUCCCCUCUGAGUUUCCUGGAGUCUGGGAUGCCUGUGAGGUAAAAAUCCAAGCACACAAUAGCCAAAAUGAGGACAAUUGUUCAGAACUAAGUCAAAACAUGAAAUGUAGAUCUGUCCUUCCCCAAGGCUUUAGCAAAGUGCUUUGGGAACAGACACUGCUAUGUGGGAGACUCUUCCAAAGGAAGAUUUGAAACAGGAAUGACUUAGUCCCAGAGCUCUGCUAAGUGGGACCAUCGUUUGUGUCUGCACAAAGGAUGCUCAGAAUCAUGGAAUCACAGAACGAUUUGGGUUGGAAGGGACCUUAAAGAUCAUCUCUUUCCAACCCCCUGCCAUGGGCAGGGACACCUCCCACUACCCCAGGGUGCUCCAAGCCCCAUCCAGCCUGGCCUUGGACACUUCCAGGGAUCCAGGGACAGCCACAGCUUCCCUGGGUGACCACACAGCAUCAGUGAUUCCAGGACAAUUUGCUCUGUACAUUUGAUAAGUAGUGAGAGUUGUCCUCCAGGGCAGGUGGAGGUUUUGGGAUGUCCUAACUCUUCCCAUCCAAACCUGGUGUGCUGUGGAGCAAGAAAUUGUUGAAACACGUGAACCUCAACAUCAUGGUGUGAACUUCAACCUCCUGCCCAUUCCCAGCCUGAAUUUUCCUGCUUUGCACCUGGUGUAGCUCCCAUUUCAGGGUAGUGUUUGGUCCAUGGAAUCCUGCAGUUUUCCCUCACCUCUGUGACUGUGCAGCGCCCCUUUCUCCAAAAAAAAAUAGUGUUGUCUUACUGGGAGUGACUAUUUUGUGGAGAAUGCUUUGAAAACAGAGCUUGUCAACAGUGCUUUAUUUGGGAUGGCUCAGUUCUCUACACUUGGAGAAGUACCCAAAGGGACACAGGCUAACAGCAAAAAAAAAUAAAAAAAUGUAGAAAGAUGUCAAAAAAAGUAAAAAAACAAAUAAAACAAACAGAAUUUACACUUGGAAAAAUAAACCCACCAAAAACCCCACUGAAGUUAUAAAGCUGCUUAGUCUAACCAACCUGUCUCGUGUUUGAUUUCUGUCGUUAUUGUUGUUUGUUCAUUGUUUGGUUGGUUUUGUUUGGUUGUUUUUUUGUUUUUAUUUUUUAAUCUUCUGUUCUAAAAAUGGAGAGUUUACCUCAAGAAAUUCUUUCUGCUUGGAAACAGAUCACCUCAAAGACGCUCGCAGCAGAGAGCAGUGUGCAGGGAAGCUCAGUAAAGCAAACUUGGGUGUGGAAAACAGAGGGAAAACCAGGACAUUCAGGCUCUUUUCAGCAUUCCUUUCUCUUACUGGUGUGGUCUGGCAUUCCCCAGUGGAGAAAUUGCUGUUCUCUUUCAGAUAGACUGAGGCACAAGAGCCAGUUGGAGAAACCAAGGCACAUGUCCAAGCUUGAAGUCCUUUCUGAAGUAUCUUAAGAGAAACUUGGUGUUAUUUAAACUUUCUAUGCUGCUCUUUCUCCAUUCCCUGGAGAAAUUCCACUUUCCAGCCCAGGCUGGGGUAAGGAAGCAGAGAGAUUAGGUGCUAGCUAAAUGCUCCCAGUGUUUUCCCCAAGGAAUUGAGAGGCAACUGGAUUAUUUAAGGUCACAAGAGAGGCCCUUCCUUGUGUCUGCCCCUGUGUCUUGGACAUAUAUGUGAGCCCAGAAGUCUCAUUCUCUGUUUUGCUAAAGCUUCCAACUUAAAAUCAAUGGAAAGACAUUUCCUUUCACCACAGUGUUACUAACAGCCUCAAAGAGAUGUCAAGACAGCAUUAGAAAGGAGGUUGGGAUCCUUUUUUCUUAGGUUGUUGUUGUUGUUGGUUUGAUUUUCUUUUGAACUGAUCCUAGUUAAAAAAUAAAGAAAUAAAAUCUAUACUAUUUAAAUUGGAAUCCCGUUGUUACUUGGUAAAGGCAAAGCUUCUGUACCUUUGUUAUAAUUAAUUGUAUACCUGUGUAUGUAAAUAUAAGGCAUUCCUAUUUUGCAGUCCAG